CGCUGCCAGGUGUGCGCACGCGGGUGCACGUGAACCUUCCGGGAUGGCCAGCGGUGAAGUGGUGAAGAAAAUCGUGCGCUUCAAACUUCAGCUAUCAAACGCUACAGAACCUGCAACGGUUCUAAAAAUUUUGCAAAAAUUAAAGGACCUUGAUGUCACUUUAGAAAUUCUUGCUGAAACUGGUAUUGGAAAAACGGUCAACUCCUUUAGGAGGCACAAACAGGCUGGAGAGGUUGCCAAGGCUCUUGUUAAAGGCUGGAAAAACCUGGUCCCAAAGGAAUUCACUAGCUCUAAAGAAGAUGGAGUUUGGUCAGAGAAGAAAGGUAAAGAAGAACAAAGCUGUCCCAAUGAUGAAGAGCCGCCUUUCGGGGAUGAAAAUAAUAACUCAACUUCACAUCUGAAGAACAAGAACUCGCCUGAUGAAGCUCCUUCCACUAAGAGGAAAGACGGCUCAGAGAAAAGACAAUGUGAGCAGCAGAAAAAGAAAAAUGAAACCAAAAAAUGUGACCAAAGCAGGUGUUGGAAGAAAAGCAGCUUUGAGGUUCAGGAGGACAGUGGUGACAACUUUGCUGCACCGACAAAGAAGAACAAAAGCUCGGACACUUUGUCUGGAAACAAAUGCAAGGAAAGAAUUGAUGAGAAAUCUGAAUUUGACUCCAAAGAAAAAUGUAAAGUAGACUCAGAGAGCAGACAAUUUGGAUUGAAUAGUAGAUCAAAAUCAAUGCCUUCAAAACACUCAUCGACGGAAGAAGAGUCUUCUCCAGCUCCUGGAAAAUCCUCCAAAACGAUCAAAGCAACUACAGAUGAGGGAUCUUCAGGAAAGUCUCAAAGCUCAGAGGCCCAACACAGAAAAAGGAAAAAGUCUGAGGAGAAGCUGAACAUAUCGAAAUCCAAACACGCUGACAAUAGGGAGCUUUCAAAACAGCAAAAGAAAAAGCUCAAAAUGAAUCACAAAAACGAGGAGAGCAACAGCGACAAGUGUUUAGUGUCUUUUGAGUCGUGCUUGAACUAUGAUGUUAACGAUUUCAAAAGAAAAGAGAAAUCUGGAAUAAAGAGAGCUCCCAAAAAGCCAAAAAGCACUACAAAACGGCAGGCAGCUGAAGAUUCUGAAAUAAAACCUGAGAAGUCACCGACUGUCUCCCCAAAGCAGGUGCAGAAAUCUUUGUUGCAUCUCAUGGAUGUCCCCCUACCUGCCACUCUGCCUGAAUUGGAAAAGCCAAGUGUUGAAUUCUACUUUGAAAGGAAAGCUGAGAAAGAUUCAGAUUUUCAAGACCUGGAAGAAGACCCUGCAGUCUUCACGGGGCAGCGACUAAACAGGAAGAUGCAGGUGUACUCCGGUGCCAAAACCCUUUUCCUCCCUACCAUGAUGAGCCUGUAUCAGCAGUGCAUCCGAACGCUCCAGAACAAUAUUAACAUGCUUUAUGAAACGGGCGGAGUGCCGUUUGAACUUCUUGAACCCGUGCUGGAAAGAUGCACACCGGAUCAGCUGCAGAGGAUUGAGGAGUGCAACCCUAUUUACAUUGGGGUUACUGAUCACUUGUGGGGAAGGCACUGCCUGAGAGACUUCAAAGGCUACAAACUUCAGGAAUAUGAAUCUUGGAAGGAGAUGUAUCUCCGUCUGUCAGAGGAAAGAGAAAGGAAACUCAGGAGGCUGACGAAAACGAUUGUAUCGGCACAGUCGAACAAACCGAAGGGUCGACAGGUGAAGAUGGCAUUUAUUCACACUGUUGCCAAGCCACCGAGGGAUGUGCGAAUCCAGCAGGAAAUCCACGGAACUGCUGCCCAACAGCCUCAUCAGCUGAAGUGCAGUGUCAAAGGUCAGGAAAACAGAUUAAAAUCAAGCUGUCACGAGCCCAUCAGGUCGAGCAGCACCAGUACUGGGGGUUCUAAUGACGCACGCAAAAAAACAAGAGUUGCUCCAAUGAUGGCAAAAUCAUUGAAAGCUUUUAAGAAGCAGCUGGGACGGAGAUGAACAUGAAAUUUCAAGCCUACGGUGUGAACAUCCACAAAACAAACUUCAUCGCUGAAAACCCCCUUACAGCAUCAUGUCUGGGUUUUUGCUCGCCUAUCUUCAUACAUACUGUUAAAGAAUUUUGCUAAGUGUUUUUUUUUUCUGAUAUUGUCACUAUUAAAUGGACAAUGAGGACAGCA